UACAAACUUUUCUUCAUCAUUCCUCAACAUUCUUGAAAACCAUAUCUAAUCUCAUAAACCCUAUAGUCAUGAAGAUGAAUACUAAAGCUAGCACUCUCUUUUCUACAUUAGUCUUAUUAGCUUUUUUUCACCUUUCUUUGGUUUCUUGUCGCAAAAUAAAAGGCAACCAUGGUGGAAACGGCUUCACUCUUGAUCUUAUCCAUCGUGAUUCUCCUCUUUCGCCUUUCUACAACCCAUCAAACCGCCUUCGAAACGCCUUCCAUCGAUCAUUUUCUCGGGCUUCCUUCUUCAAGAAAAAUUCCUUUGCUAGUGCUACUGACACAAUCCAAUCGGAUAUUUUUCCAAUUCCAGGAGAAUACCUCAUGAAAAUCUCUAUUGGAACUCCACCAGUUGAAAUUGUAGCUAUAGCUGACACUGGUAGCGACUUAACAUGGACACAAUGUAUGCCUUGCGCUAAUUGUUUCCAACAAUCAGCCCCUCUUUUUGAUUCCAAACAAAGCUCUACUUAUAAAACUGUGGGGUGUAACGCUGAAGAAUGUACAUCAUUAGGGACUUCUUCUUGUGUUAGAGGAAAUAUUUGUGAAUAUCAAAUGAGUUAUGGUGACCAAUCACAAACAAUUGGUGAUCUUGCUUUUGAGAAAUUCACAUUUCCUUCUACUUCUGGAAAUAAUGUUUCCAUUCCUAAUGUUGUGUUUGGUUGCGGUCAUGACAAUAAUGGCACGUUCAAUAAUUAUACUUCUGGUAUUAUUGGAUUAGGUGGUGGUGAAGUCUCAAUUAUCAACCAAUUGGAUAAACAAAUUAAUGGGAAAUUCUCUUAUUGUUUAAUCCCAAUUCCAUUGCAAUCAUCAAAUUCCAAUGCCACAAGUCACAUCAACUUUGGCGAUAGUGCCACUGUGUCUGGCCCUAAUGUCGUUUCAACUCCCUUGAUAAAAAAGGAACCGUCUACAUUCUACUAUCUAAAUUUGGAAGAUAUUAGCGUUGGAGAUAAGAUAGUGGAUUUCAAAUCUCCUAAUAUUACUUCUUCUGGUCCUGGUGAUGACGGUCAAGGAAACAUUAUAAUUGAUUCUGGUACGACAUUAACGUUGCUGCCUAGUGAAUUUUACUCGAGUUUGGAAUCAACGUUAGUGGAUUCGAUCAAUGCUACGAGGAGGGAUGACCCUUCUGGCACUUUUGAUCUCUGUUACGAGUCUGAGAAUGGUACUAUCGAUGCUCCCAAGAUUGUCGCGCAUUUUACAGAUGCAGAUUUAGAGUUGUCGCCUUCGAGCACAUUUGCAGAAGUGGAGGAAGGUUUGGUUUGUCUUACGAUAGUGCCAGCUGAGGAAGUUGCUAUAUUUGGAAACUUGGCUCAGGCCAAUUUCCUAAUUGGAUAUGAUCUUGUGGCCAACAAAAUCUCCUUCCAGCCUACAGAUUGCACUAAGUACUAAAGAGAUUAGCUAGGUUUGUGGAGAUGGAGUUGAAAGUUAAUAGUAUAUAUAGUGAAUUCAAAUGUAUUCAGUUCUUGACUUAUAAUUAAUUACUUCGUUCUGAUGCAAACCAAUGGAUCGAAGAUUUUUAUGUGUU